AUGGCGACUGUUGGUUGAUAUCCAGGACCUUCAGCCCCGCCCAUGUGAUUUAAACUGCGACCUUUUCAGUGACGACCCAACGACCCUGUCGCACAUUCAGAAAGUUACUCCCUCAAAGGGAGUAAGAGAGAUUUGGGAUUGAAUAUAGCAAACAUUCGUCAUUUCGUUUGUUCUCGCAUUGAUCGAUGCUAUGGACAAAAAUAUCACGGAAAUCGCAAGACGUCACGUAAGAAGUCUUUCCUAUCCGGAAGAAAGCGAGAUGGGGAUAUUUUUUGCCCUUGCAAUACCAUUGGACGAUCCAAUUACAACUUACUCAAUGUCGGUUGCAUUUUUCUUCGAAGCAAAUUAUAAGUUGCCGACUAAGGAAGACACAAACUUAUUAGACGACGUCAAAGAGGAAGAAAAUCCAAAUGAAAAAAAAAAAAGGAAAAGGAGGAGCAUAGAUCGUAGCACGGUUUACUCAAUGCUGGAAUCAAAAUUUAAAUCGAUCGGCUAUCCAGCUCGACAGUGCCUCCUCAGAUCUAUAUGCGAAACUACGAGACUGCCCUGGAAGCUCAAUGCUGGUGUCCUUGGAGAUAUCUUACGAAUCCUCUUCACACCAUCCUCAUCGCGUUUAGAAGUCGAUCUUCACGAGGAAUACGCCGAUGCUGAGAAAGUCGAUGGUAUCAGGGAAUGUUCUGAAAUUUAUUCCACCUGCAAGUAUGGGAUUUACGACUACAUAACGCUCCCCUAUCAGGAUUUGUGAGAGUAGCAGCUUGCCCUCUCUCUCUCUC